AUGAAAGAAAGACGAGCGAGGGGCGCUCGCACUGUGCAGCCUCCCGCCGAUGCGCUCGCGGAGGGCGAAAGUGAGGCAGGAGGGAGGCGGUUCCAAAUCCCAAAUCUCUUCCCGAGGUCAUCGUCCGUGUUCGUGUUGCUGCUGUCGCUGGAGCAGUCUGCGUCUGGCACGAAUCUGACGGCUGCCAGUCACGUGGUCUUCCUGCACCCCAUGCUGGCGCCGACACCGGAGCAAGCCAUUGGCCACGAGCUCCAGGCCAUUGGACGCGCAAGGCGACAGGGGCAACGACGGGACACCGUGCACGUCUGGCGCUUCGUGACAUCUGGCACCGUGGAGCAGAUGAUCACCGAGCGCCACCAGUCUGCCCUGCGCGAACGAGAGCAGGCCGCGGACGCCAGGCGGACGAAGAACAGGCAGGCGCAGGCGGCGGGCUCCUGA